UAAAAGAGGUAGAGAGAGUGUGAGAAAGCAAGAAGGAGCAGUCGAAAGUACAGGACAAAGACAAAGAGACAACGCAAAGCAAAGAACAAAAGAUAAACAGAAGAGGCAAGAGAAAUCGAAAGAGAGAAAACAAAGUUUGGGGAGAACAAAGAAGAGCGAACGAAAAAAGUGGGGAAAGCAAACAGAAGGUGUUAUACAGAACAAUAGACAGAAGAACGAUGAUGGUGUAUGCUUUUCACAGGACUGUCUACACAAAACUCCUGUCCACUUGUCUUUUACCUUUCUGUACAGCGGUAUCACGGUGCAGUGUCACAGAUUGUCUAGAUGGCUCUUGCUGUGAUUCACAGUCUAAGUUCUACCUGGACUAUAGUUGGUAUGGGCCUCUGUUUGUUGGCAUGCUGAUUGUGUUUUCUGUACUGUGCCUUUGUGGCAUCUGUAAUAACAGCUGCUGCUCACAGUCUCGCUCAGGACCUCCGUCACCUAGAAUGACCCCACUGAGGGACCUGGGACCGCCACCACCAUAUAGUGAGGUCACAGCCAAACCGUUCCUAUACCCGCCCAGUGACGCCAGCCCCCCCUCCUAUAGCAGUGUCAUACAGACAACAGAAUCUUCAGCUGUCUGGGAGGACCAGAGCUAACACGGGACACCGGACUGUGUAGAGGUCUAUGAUAAUUUGCAGCUGCUUCCUGUCCCCAUGCAGGAGACAUCGCGCGGAUUAAGCUGAGAGUUACACUGUGCGCUUGGAGCCCCGUGCAGAAGGCAAAUGUGGAGGAUCGUAAAAACAGCUGGCGUGGUUAUGUGAAUCAACUGAAGGAGAUCUAUGGUGGAAGGAGAGAAUGUGUGUGAAGCUACAAGAUGUUAUGUUAUGUUCUAUAUAGAAAUAGGAGUUAUUUUAACUGGUUCAACAAAACAAAAGGAGCUGCUAUAGGGAGAGGUUAUAUGGAGUAAUAAGAGGAGUUAUGGAGAGGGAUUAUAUGGAGUAA